CCCAACAUGCACAAAACAAGGCUGCAUGCAGCAGAAGCACGCUGUCCAAUGCACCUCGUCGUCCUGGAAUGCAAUGCGAAGAUACCUAUGUCCGGUGUAUGUAAGGAUGCUUGUCAGAUCAAGAUUGACGACCUAGAUUCUCUGAAGAGAUCGGCAAGCCCCAAGUCUCGCACACAAUCACGUCUCGUAUCCCAGGAGGUGAGUGCUUUGUAGGCCCGCAGCUGGCACUUUUAUCUCGCAUCAGAAGACACGAGCCCGAGAACAGUCAAUCAAGCAUCUCCAUCACGUCACCUCACUUGGCCCGCUUGCACCCCCAAGUCCCGACGACGCAUCGUACGCAUGUCUUAGGCAUGCACUGGAGUCGUCCCUAGUCUUCACUACCGCUAUUCAGUACGCACACAUUUCAGCGGGGC